CAGGCGCAGGCCGGCAAUAGCUCGUUUCCAUGGAGACGUGUACACUCAGACUCAGCUCCAGUUGAACUGAACUUUCAUUUGGACUUUCGAGGACAACUUAGUUUUAACUAACGCUUCAGCAACAUGGGCGAACCGACGAGGACCGUCCGUCAGAGGUUUAUCUGUAAUGUGGCUCUUCCUGGUGUGACAGAGGAGUUAUGGACAGAGGAAAAUGAGCAGGCUGUGGAUCAGUUUAUAUCUGACGCCACAAUUACAACCAUGUUUGUGUACGUGGACAAUGACUCCAAGCUGCGGGUGGAGUGCGGUUCUGCACCUCAACAGGUGGUCGAGCACCUGUGCUACUUCAUCCGCUCACCAGGAGCUCUAAUUACAGCGGACACGUUUGGUGACGUUGUACAGUUUGGCACACAGCGGGGUGACCCCAUCAGGAGCCUCCACGACCAAUUGGUCUGUUUGCAUGCCCCUGCAGUCACCCUCAGAACCUUCACCCAAAAGAACAUCAAAGACAACUACCUGAACCACAUGCACGACUUCAUCGCCUACCUGUCAGAGGAAGUGCAUAAGAAGCUGGGCAGCACAGUGCUGUACAUUCCAAUAGAAGCGCUACUGUACAGCCCUGAGGAGGCCACAAAGGACCGGUUGCUGGUGCAAAGAAUGGAGGCUGUUAUGAUCAACUGGACUGAUCAGAUCAACGGGCUCCUGAAUGAUCAAGAGGUGGUGCAGAUGGGGUUAGACUUUGGCCCGCUACAGGAGAUAGCAUUCUGGGAGAGUCGCUCUGCCAAGCUGUUAGACAUCAGCCAGCAGCUUCAAAAGCCCGGGGUCAAGCACAUUCAGAAGAUCCUGCAGCUCACAAAGUCCAUCUACGAAGAACGCUUCAGCAACCUGGCUGAGAAAAUCCAGGAUUGCUCAUCUGAGGCCAAAUCAAACCUGGCCUUCCUGUCCAUACUGAAGGAGCCCGUGGAAGAGUUUGCAAAGCUCAAACCCGACCAAGUUACUCCCAAGCUGCGUCACAUUCUCAAUCUCUUUCGCUUCAUUUGGACCAGAUCCCCUCACUACAACACCCCUGAGAGGCUCUCUGGCCUCUCCCACAAGAUGAGUAAUGAGGUCGUCAGCCUGUGCUUCAAAAGUAUCUCUCUGGACCGGAUCUUUGAAGGCUUCGUGGUAUCCAGCAAGAACAGUCUCAAUGACUGUAUCCAGUGCUGCUUGUCAUGGAAGGAAGUUUACAGAGAGGCUGCCCGCAUCAACAACAAGUUUGCCCAAAAGAAGUGGCUGCUGGACGAUGCCAGCAUCUUUGUGGUGGUUGAUGCUUUCAUUCAGAGAUUCAAAGACCUGCUCGAGGUAUGUGAGUGCCAGCAUCAGUUUGCCCGUUGGGAAGACGGUCAACAGAAAGCCAUGCGAGUCUUCGGUGGUUUUCGAGGACCAGAGUUCACCCAGUCCCUGCUGAGGUCGGAGGACAUGUUCCACCGCGGUCUCCACAACCUGCGCUCUUUCUCUGAGAACAUCUUUGAUGUAAAGAACACCGUUUGGUUUCAAGAAUUCAACAGGUUCCGUGACGUUAUAAAGGAUCUGGAAAAAAUGAUGCAGGGCCUGAUCAACACCAUCUUCAGGACAGUGAACACAUUUGAGGAAGGAGUCCAUCUUGUGGACAUUUUUAGACCUGUUUCCACUCGACAGACUGUGAAGCGCACCAUAGAAGAGAAGAUGGAGGAGGUGCUUCAUCUUCUCAGCAAGGAGCUUCAAUUGGUCAAAAAGCAGCUGAUCCAGAAACCAAGGUGUAUCCCCGACCACAUCCCCCCGGUAGCAGGACAGGCUUACUGGGUGAAGGGCCUCAGACGUCAUAUAGAUAGACCAAUGGAGUUGCUUCACAAGGCCUACUUUAUGCAUGAGUCAUUUAGCUACAAAGAGGUAGUGUCCACUCACGGCCAGUUGGUGGAAGUUAUGGAUGAGAUGGUGAGAAGGAGUUUCACCAUGUGGAACCAGAGGCUGGAUCAUCAGUACAUCAAGAGACUGGAGCAGCCACUGUUGGUGCGAUGCAAGGACAAGACCGCCAAGUUGGACGUCAACUUUGACAAAAACCUAGUGAACCAGUUAUCUGAGAUGCAGUACUGGGAUAAGCUUGGGUUUGAGAUUGUGUAUGAUAUCUAUAAGGACAGAGAUGACUUCAGAAACCUGAGAGAGGAAGCACUGCUUCUGACCAGGAACUAUAACAGGAUCAUUGGAAUGCUGUCUCCAGACGAGCUGGGUCUGUUCCAGGACAGCAUUCAUGGAUUAGAUAAGAGGAUUCAGCCAGGAUUGACCAUGUACAAGUGGUUGUCACCAAAGGGACCUUCCCAUAUCUUCAUCCAGGACUGUAUCAAACACGUUGACAAGGUCCAGUUGAUAAUUGAUGACUACAAAGUCAUCAAUGGUUCCAUCUCCAACCUGUGUAGCAGAAUAAGUGACACAUUGCUGUUUAAGGUCAAUGAAAAGACUUUGUACAGGAACCUGGAGUUUGAGGAGGACCAGAGAGCUCACCAGCAAAGUCAACUCUGCACCAUCCGCUCAGCACACCAGGGUGUUGUUGAGGCCAUGAUCUGCAAUUACAGAAACUUCAGUAAUGAUGGCCCUGAGGUCCAGGAGCACUGGGGGAACUUCACCGAGAAGGUAGACAACAUGGUAGAGGAAGCUCUGAGGAGCAACAUCAAGCAGUCCAUGAAGAAGCUGUCCAGGGCCAUCAAUGGGGACAGUAAGACGUCACCCAACCCCUUAUUCAAAGUCCAGGUUCUGCUGCACCAAACAACUUCUGAGUCCACACCGAAGAUUGAGUUCUCCCCGACACUUGAAAAGCUUGCUCAGCUCGUGAACAUUUUGCCUCAGCUCAUAAACACCACCUCCGAGUUUAAGAGACUGCCUGAACUUCUCACCGGCAAACCGUCACAAGGGAGUCCCAUACACAUCAUUCUGGCACAAGACGAGGAGAUGCAGAAGAUCCAGACUGCUGUGUCUACAGGGAUGACAGCUAAUGCUAGCCACCUCCAGGUCUAUCUGAAGUCCUGGGACAAAUACAGAGACAUCUGGCAGACCAACAAGGACUCUAUGAUACAACGCUACCAAAGACAAAACCCAGGAGUGUCUGCUUUUGAUACAGCUAUAAUGAGAUACACUGAGGAUUUCAACAAUAUUGAACAUGAAAAGACGGUGUCGACCAUCCAGUUUGUCACUCUGGACUGCUCACCACUCAAAUCCUCCUUGGUUCAGCACUGCAGUGAGUGGCAGACCAAGUUAACUCAGCUGCUCAGCCACAUGGCGAGCAACCGGCUCAAAGAACUUCACAACUCCCUGCUAGACAGCGCUAACAGACUGAAACAGCCCCCCCAGACUCUGGCGGAGCUCGGGGAAAGCCUGAAGCUCUUUGAGACUCUUCAAAGCAACUUGACAAAGACGGAAGCUCAGAUUCCUGUUAUCCAUGAUCAGUUCGCCAUCCUGGACAAACAUGAAGUCCCUGUGGAACAAGCUGUGCAGAACAUGCACGAAGAGCUGGAUGAAGAAUGGGUGCAGUUCCAGCAGGUGUUGAUCGACAGUGAGAUCACACUGCAAAGACACAAGGAGAAGUUCAAGAACAGCCUCAUCCUCUCCUCUGAGGAGCUAAAGAAGAAGGUCCAGACAGCUCUGCAGGAUUUCAACAGCACAGGUCCGUUUGACAGCGCGCUCAGCAUUGAGACAGCCUUGAAAGAAGUCGCAGGGCAACGCAGCCAACUGAAGGCUCUUAAAGAGGAGGAGAUCAGCAUCCUUCAUGGGCUGAGCUUCUUUAAGAUACAACAGCCUCCCAACAAAAGCCUUCGCACACUUGGAAAGGACAUAGACCACCUGCAGCAAGUCUGGGACAUCACUCAGGAAUGGAACACCAUGUGGAACUCCUGGAAGGUCGGUCACUUUGACACGCUGCAGACGGAGAGCAUGGAGAGCACAGCACAAGACAUGUUCAAAAACCUCCACAAGCUCCAAAGAGAACUAAAGGAGAAGGAUUGGGAUAUAGUACAUUUCUCAAAGAACAAGAUUGAUCAGUUCAAACGGAUCAUCCCUAUUAUCGCUGAUCUGAGAAACCCAGCCAUGAGAGACAGGCACUGGAAGGAGAUCUGUGAGGAGCUGCAGUGCUCUGUUGACCAAACCAGCUCCGAGUUUACCCUGGAGAAAAUGAUCUCUCUGAGCCUUGAAAAGUAUGCUGAAAAGAUCGGUGAGAUCUCUGGAGCUGCUAGUAAAGAACUCUCCAUCGAGCAGGGUCUGAAAAGCAUUGCUGAGACUUGGGAGGAAACAUCGCUGGAAAUAGAACCUUACAAAGAUGAAGGCCAUCACAUGCUGAGGGGCGUGGAUGAGGUUUUCCAGGUCCUGGAGGACAACCAGGUUAUUCUGUCCACGAUGAAGGCUUCUCGGUUCGUAAAAGCCUUGGAGCAGGAGGUGGACUGCUGGGAGCGUCGCUUAUCUCACAUUCUGGAAGUCAUGGAGAUGAUCACCGUCGUACAACGUCAAUGGUCUUAUCUGGAGAAUAUUUUCCAAGGGAAAGACAUCAGGGAGCAGCUGCCCAAUGAGUGCAAAGAGUUUGAAGAAGUCAGUGCAAGUUGGAAGAUCAUUAUGGAACGACUCUACAAGGAAAACAACGCCUUACAGGGAACACACCACCCAGGCUUGUUGGUGAAGCUCACCCAGAUAAAUGCCAAGCUUGAGGAUAUCCAGAAAGCCUUGGACAUGUACCUGGAGACCAAGAGGCAGAAAUUCCCGAGAUUCUACUUCCUGUCUAAUGAUGAUGUGCUGGAGAUCCUCGGCCAAUCACAUUAUACAGAAGCCAUGCAACCCCACUUAAAGAAGUGUUUCGACAACAUCAAGAGCCUGAGCGUUGAAAAGUCGCUCAACAAGCCAAUUGCAUUCGGAAUGUUCUCUGCUGAUGGGGAGUACAUAUCAUUCCACCUUCAGAUGGACCUGGACAAACCUGUGGAGGAGUGGCUGUGUAAUCUUGAGACCGCCAUGCGCGUAACGCUCAAGACCACUUUGAAGUCUUGCCUCAAAGCUCUGAAGAGGACGCUAGACCAGAGAGACAAAUGGGUCAAGGAAUGGCCCGGACAGAUGGUCAUCACAGCAAGUCAAAUCCAGUGGACCACUGAUGUUUCAAAAGCUCUCAAUCCCAGCAAGGAGGGAUCUGGAAAGUCCUCCCUGAAGUCCAUCAAGAAGAAACAGGUCUCCAUGCUUCAGAGGUAUUCAGAGACCAUCCGUGGGAACCUUCCCAAAGUGCUCCGUCUAAAGAUUGAAGCCCUUGUUACAGUGGAGGUUCAUGCUCGGGAUGUCAUUCUGAAGUUAGCCAAAUCAGGCUGCAGUGACAUCAAUGCCUUUGAGUGGCUCUGCCAGCUGCGGCUGUACUGGGAGGAGGAUAAAGAUGAUUGCAUAAUCCGACAGACCAACACAUGUUUCAAGUAUGGAUACGAGUACCUGGGCAACUCUGGACGGCUUGUCAUCACUCCUCUUACUGACAGGUGUUACAUGACCCUGACCACAGCACUCCAUCUGCAUCGUGGAGGCUCUCUUAAAGGGCCAGCUGGCACUGGAAAAACAGAGACGGUGAAGGAUUUAGGCAAGGCGCUUGGCAUGUACGUUAUUGUGGUCAACUGCUCUGAAGGAUUGGACUACAAGUCCAUGGGACGCAUGUACUCCGGUCUGGCACAGGCAGGAGCUUGGGGCUGCUUCGAUGAGUUCAAUCGUAUCAACAUCGAGGUGCUGUCGGUGGUGGCCCAGCAGAUCCUCUCCAUCCUGUCUGCCCUCUCCGCUGGACAAACCAUGUUCCACUUUGAAGGACAGCGCAUACGCCUUGUCAAGUCAUGUGGAAUCUUUAUCACAAUGAAUCCUGGUUAUGCUGGCCGGACUGAGCUUCCAGACAACCUCAAGUCUAUGUUCAGACCGAUCUCCAUGGUGGUUCCAGACUCUACUUUGAUUGCUGAGAUAAUACUGUUUGGAGAGGGCUUCAACAACUGCAAGCUCCUGGCUAAGAAGGUGUUCACCCUGUACUCCCUGGCAGUACAGCAGCUGUCCAAGCAAGACCACUACGACUUUGGCCUGCGAGCCCUGACCUCCUUGGUGCACUAUGCUGGAAAGAAGCGCCGCACUUGUGUCAAUGUACCUGAUGAGGAAAUCCUGCUGAUGGCAAUGAAAGACAUGAACAUGGCCAAGCUGACGUCGACAGACCUGCCACUGUUCAACGGCAUCACCCAGGACCUGUUCCCUGCUGUAGAGAUGCCCACUAUAGACUAUGGCAAAUUGGAGAAGGCUGUGGAGGCGGAGCUCCGUCUGAGAGGUCUACAGGUGACUCCUUUUGCCAAGACAAAAGUCAUCCAACUGUAUGAAACCAAAAACUCUCGACACUCCUCGAUGCUGGUGGGAAAGACCGGCAGUGGUAAGAGUGUUACCUGGAGGAUACUGCAAGGUGCUCUCACCGCCAUGCACCACAAGGGAGUGCCUGGCUUCCAGUUAGUCCAGGAUUAUCCUCUGAACCCAAAGGCAAUGAGUGUUGGAGAGCUCUACGGGGAGAAAGACCUCUCAACCAAUGAGUGGACUGAUGGAGUGCUUUCCAACAUCAUGAGAGGAGCCUGUGCAGAUGAGAAUCCAGAUGAGAAGUGGAUCGUGUUUGACGGGCCUGUAGACACUCUGUGGAUCGAGAGCAUGAACUCUGUCAUGGACGACAACAAGGUGCUCACGCUCAUCAGUGGAGAGAGAAUCUCAAUGCCUGAACAGGUGUCUCUGCUGUUUGAGGUGGAGAAUCUGGCUGUGGCCUCUCCAGCUACUGUAUCUCGCUGUGGGAUGGUCUACAAUGAUUACACUGAUCUAGGAUGGAAGCCUUUUGUUCAGUCCUGGCUCGACAAACGACCCAAGGCUGAAGUGGACCAUUUAAAGCGCUUGUUUGAGAAAUACGUAGAGAGCACGCUGAACUUUAAGAAGAACUGUAAGGAGCUGAUUCCCAUCACGGAGCUUAACGGAGUCACCUCUCUCUGCCGUCUCUAUGACUCCCUGGCCACAUCCAGCAACGGGGUUAAUACCUCGGACACAGAGAACUUGGGCAGGAUGGUGGAGCUCUGGUUUGUCUUCAGCCUUAUCUGGUCGAUCUGUGCCUCCGUUGAUGAGGAUGGACGGAGAAAGAUGGACAUGUUCCUGCGGGAAAUCGAGGGCACCUUUCCCAUCAAGAACACGGUUUAUGAGUACUACGUGGACACCAAGACAAAGACCUGGGCUACUUUUGAAGGAACACUGCCGAAGGAUUGGCGCUACAAUGCCGAUGCUCCAUUCUAUAAGAUUAUGGUUCCUACAGUGGACACAGUUCGGUACAACUUCCUCGUCAAGGCUCUGGUGUUAGGUCGGUACCCUGUACUGCUCACUGGACCUGUGGGCACAGGUAAAACCUCAGUGGCUCAGAGUAUCCUGCAGGGCUUGGAUGAUAAGUGGACGGCCCUGACUGUCAACAUGUCUUCACAGACAACCUCCAACAAUAUCCAAGCCAUAGUGGAGAGCCGCAUCGAGAAGAGAACCAAAGGUGUGUUCGUGCCGGCAGGAGGGAAGCGCCUGCUUUGUUUCCUGGAUGACCUCAACAUGCCAGCUCAUGACCUCUUUGGCUCCCAGCCGCCACUGGAACUGCUGCGUCUCUGGAUCGACUACGGCUUCCUGUAUGACCGCCAGAAACAGAGCCCGAAGUUUGUCAAAGACAUGUUCCUGAUGGCGUCCAUGGGACCCCCUGGUGGAGGGAGGACUCACAUUUCUGGACGCUUCCAGAGUCGAUUCAACCUCAUUAACAUGACCUUCCCUGCUGAAUCCCAGAUCAGGCGGAUCUACAGUACCAUGAUCAACCAGAAGCUGCAGGGCUUCAGAGAGGAGUUGAAGCCCAUUGGAGAGGUUCUAACCCAGGCCACCUUGGAGCUAUAUUACGCCGUUUCAACUCGUUUUCUCCCAACUCCAGCCAAAAUACACUACCUCUUCAACCUCAGGGAUAUCUCCAAGGUUUUCCAGGGUCUGCUGAGAGCUCAUCCUUACUUCCAUGAUACCAAAAACAACAUGACCCGACUCUGGAUCCAUGAAUGCUUCAGAGUUUUCUCAGACCGGCUUGUAGAUCGCAGUGACAUGGAGGUUUUUAUCGCUCUGCUGGGGGAGAAACUUGGCUCUCUCUUUGACCUCACGUUCCACAACAUCUGCCCCAAAAAGCAGCCCCCAAUAUUUGGUGAUUUCCUGAGUAAGUUUGGUGUUUAUGAGGACCUCCAGGAUGAAACAAGUCUGAAGAAGUUCAUGGAAUCCAAGCUGGAGGACUACAACUUGACACCUGGCACAGUGCCCAUGAACCUGGUGCUCUUCCGUGAUGCCAUUGAACACAUAACCCGUGCGGUACGUGUGAUAAGUCAGCUCAGGGGCAGCCUGCUGCUGGUUGGUGUCGGAGGCUCUGGGAGACAGAGCCUUUCCAAGAUGGCUGCCUUCAUCUGUGAGUACCAGGUGUUCCAAGUGGAAGUUACCAAGCAGUACCGCAAACUGGAGUUCAGAGAAGACAUCAAGAAGCUGUACCGUUUGACUGGUGUGGACGACAAGCCCACAGUCUUCCUGUUCAGUGACACUCAGAUUGUAGAUGAAUCCUUCCUUGAGGACAUCAACAAUAUCCUGAGCUCUGGAGAGGUGCCCAACCUCUACAAGCAGGACGAGUUCGUCGAGGUAUGCAGUGCCCUGUCAGAAUCUGCCAGGAAGGACAACGUGUUGGAGACUCCUGACUCCUUGUUUAGCUACCUCAUAGAGCGAGUCAGGAACAACCUGCACAUCGCUCUCUGUAUGAGCCCAGUGGGAGAGACCUUCAGAAACCACCUCCUCCAGUACCCUGCGCUCAUAAACUGUGCCUCCAUUGACUGGUUUUGUGAGUGGCCCAAAGAUGCCCUGCUAGAGGUUGCUGAGAGGUAUUUGGAUGGACUGGAUCUGGGCUCUGUAGAAGGGAUCCAGACUAAGGUUGCCAGUACCUUUGUGACCACACACCAGUCGGUAGCACAGGUUUCUCAAAGAAUGAAGUUGGAGCUGAGGAGACAUAACUACGUGACACCCACCAACUACCUGGAGCUGGUGACUGGAUACAAAAAGCUGUUGGCAGAGAAACGCAGUGAACUCGGGGAGCAGGUGACUAAGUUGCGUAACGGCCUUUUCAAGAUCAGCGACACACGGGAGAAGGUGAAGGCCAUGUCUGUGGAGCUGGAGGAGGCCAAGAAGCAGGUGGCAGAGUUCCAGAAGCAGUGUGAAGAGUACCUGUCUAACGUUACGCAGCAGAAGAUAGAGGCUGAUAAUCAGCAGAAAACUGUGAGUGCUAACAGUGAGAGAAUCGGGGCUGAGGAGUUGGAAUGCAAAGCCCUGGCUGAGAAUGCACAGAAAGACCUGGACGAGGCCCUUCCUGCACUUGAAGAGGCCAUGAAGGCUCUGGAGUCUCUGAAUAAGAAGGACAUGACAGAGAUCAAGUCAUAUGGCUGUCCUCCAACACUGGUAGAGACGGUGAUGCAGGCUGUGAUGAUUCUCCUACGCAAAGAGCCUACCUGGGCGGAGGCCAAGAGGCAGCUGGGUGAAUCCAGCUUCAUCAAAACAUUAGUGAACUUUGACAAGGAUAAUAUAUCAGACCGAGUGCUGAGGAAGAUUGGCCGGUACUGCAGACAGGUAGAUUUCCAGCCAGAGACCAUCGGCAAAGUGUCACUGGCUGCCAAGUCCCUCUGUAUGUGGGUCAGAGCCAUGGAGGUGUAUGGUCGUAUCUUCAGGGUGGUGGAGCCCAAACGGGACCAACUAAACUCUGCCAUGGCCCAACUGACUGAGAAACAGGCUGCUCUGGCUGAGGCCCAAAACAAACUACAAGAGGUCGGAGAAAAGCUAGAGCAGCUGAAAAAGCAGCACAGUGAGAAGCUGAAAAUGAAGGAGAGUUUGAGGAAAAAGUCUGAGGAGAUGGAGGUGAAACUGGAUCAAGCAGACAAACUGGUGACGGGACUCGCUGGAGAAAGAGUCCGUUGGGAAGAAAGAGUUGCUGGUCUGGAAGAAAACAUGGGAUACCUGGUUGGAGACUGCCUGCUAGCAGCAUCUUUCCUUUCCUACAUGGGACCCUUUCUUUCUACCUAUAGAGAUGAGUUGCUUGCCAUCUGGAUGAAGGAGGUGAAGAACCUUCAAAUCCCAUGCACACCUGGGUUUAGUUUUUCAACGUUUCUGUCCAAGCCUACAGCGGUAAGGGACUGGAACAUUCAGGGCCUGCCCUCUGAUGCUUUCUCUACAGAGAACGGAGUUAUUGUCAACUGUGGAAACAGAUGGCCAUUGAUGGUGGACCCUCAAGGCCAGGCUCUAAAGUGGAUCAAGAAUAUGGAAAUGAAGAGAGGUCUGAAAGUGAUAGACUUUCAAAUGCCAGACUACCUGCAGAUCCUGGAGAAAGCCAUCCAGUUUGGGAGUCCAGUUUUGCUCCAGAAUGUCCAAGAGGAGCUGGAACCCUCACUUAACCCAGUCUUGAACAAGUCCCUGACCCGGAUAGGCGGCAGGCUGCUGUUGAAGCUGGGUGAUAAGGAGGUGGAGUAUAAUCCAGACUUCCGUUUCUACAUCACCACCAAGCUGUCCAACCCCCACUACGGACCAGAAAUUUCUACUAAGGCGACCAUAGUCAACUUCGCUGUGAAGGAACAGGGUCUUGAAGCCCAGCUGCUGGGAAUUGUGGUGCGAAAGGAGCGUCCAGAACUAGAGGAACAGAAGGACUCUCUGGUGAUCAGCAUAGCCUCUGGCAAGAAGAGCCUGCAGGACCUAGAGGAUGAGAUCCUCAGGCUGCUGAAUGAGGCAACUGGCUCACUGCUGGAUGACCUGCAGCUGGUGAACACCCUGCAAGCAUCCAAAGUCACAUCCACUGAGGUUUCAGAGCAGCUGGAGAGCAGCGAGCAGACGGAAAUAGAGAUCGACUCUGCUAGAGAGGCCUAUCGCCCAUGUGCCCAGAGAGCCUCCAUUCUCUUCUGCGUCCUAAAUGACAUGGGCCGCAUUGACCCGAUGUACCAGUUCUCGCUGGACGCCUACAUUGAGCUGUUUAACCUCAGCAUUAAAAAAAGCAAGCGCAACAAGAAGCUGGAGGAAAGGAUUGCCAACCUGAAUGAGUACCACACAUAUGCAGUGUACAGGUACACAUGCCGUGGUCUCUUUGAGGCGCACAAGUUGCUCUUCAGCUUCCAGAUGUGUGCAAAAAUCUUGGAGGUGUCCGGCAGACUCAACAUGGACGAGUACAACUUCUUCCUUCGAGGAGGACUUGUGCUGGAUAAGAAGGAGCAGAUGGACAAUCCCUGUCCCAGUUGGCUGGCAGACUCCUGCUGGGACAACAUCACAGAGCUGGAUAGGCUGCCGAAUUUCCAUGGCAUCAUGACUUCCUUUGAGCAUUACCCCAGAAACUGGAAUCUGUGGUUCACCAGUGACGAGCCAGAGAACGCCACGCUACCAGGUGAUUGGGAGUCUAGAUGUAAUGAGCUCCAGAAAAUGUUGGUAGUGCGGUCCUUGCGUCAGGACCGUGUCUCUUUGUGUAUCACAUCCUUUAUUGUUCACAACAUCGGCUACUCUUUCGUGGAGCCGCCUGUUCUGGACAUGAAGGCUGUUGUGGAGGAAUCCACAUGUACCACUCCUCUGAUCUUUGUUCUGUCCCCUGGUGUGGACCCCACCGGCGCCCUGUUGCAGCUUGCUGAGGCCUCUGGCAUGAGCAAGCAUUUCCAUGCCCUCUCUCUGGGGCAGGGGCAGGCCCAGAUCGCCAGGAGCCUGAUAAAGGAGGGCGUCAAGAAUGGUCACUGGGUGUUUCUGGCCAACUGCCACCUUUCUCUCUCAUGGAUGCCUGAGUUGGACAAGUUAGUGGAGCAGCUACAAGUGCAGAAGCCCCAUGAAAACUUCAGACUCUGGCUCAGCUCCUCACCACACCCGGCCUUUCCCAUCACCAUUCUGCAAGCCGGCAUCAAGAUGACAACUGAACCACCAAAGGGUAUAAAAGCCAACAUGGAGCGUCUGUAUCAGCUGGUGACCGAGGAUCAGUUCAACCGCUGCUCAAGACCCGUCUUGUACAGGAAACUGCUCUUCUCCCUCUGCUUCUUCCACAGCAUCCUGCUGGAAAGGAAGAGGUUUUUAAAGCUGGGCUGGAACAUAGUCUACGGCUUCAACGAUUCUGACUUUGAGGUGAGCGAGAGUCUGCUGAGUCUGUACCUGGAAGAGUACGAGGAGGUUCCCUGGGAUGCGCUCAAGUAUCUCAUUGCUGGAGUCAACUAUGGAGGUCACGUCACAGACGAUUGGGACAGACGUCUUCUAUUAACCUACAUCGACGGCUACUUUUGUGAUGCUGCCAUUACCCAGCCCUUCUUCAAGUUGUCCUCCUUAACCUCAUAUUACAUCCCCCGUGAUGGUCCUCAGUCCUUAUACAAGGACUACAUCUCCAUGCUACCAUCCACAGAGCACCCCGAGGUGUUUGGCCAGCACUCUAAUGCUGACAUUGCCAGCCAGAUCGCAGAGUCCAGGACUCUGUUUGACACCCUGCUCUCCCUGCAGCCACAGGUCAGCAGCCCCACUGCUGCAGGAGCAAGACGCAGUCGGGAAGAUGAGGUGUUAGAGCUGCUGUCAUACGUUCAGGAAAAGAUCCCGGCAUCCAUAGACUACGAGCGCACCAGGCUGCUGUUCCAGGACGUCUCACCUGUUAAUGUUGUCCUUCUGCAAGAGAUCCAGAGAUACAACGCACUGCUAGACACCAUCACCUCUUCCCUGGUGGAGCUGGAGAAGGGAAUCAAAGGCUUGGUGGUGAUGUCAUCCAGCCUGGAGGAGACCUUUAACUGUAUCUAUGACGCCCGCGUACCACCGCUUUGGGAGAAGGCAUACCCCUCACUGAAGCCCCUGGCACCUUGGACCAGAGACCUUUGCCAGCGAGUCAGUCAGUUUGCACAAUGGGCCAAGACCACCCAGCCCCCCAACUUGUUCUGGCUCUCCGGCUUCACCUUUCCCAACAGUUUCCUCACGGCCGUCCUGCAGACCUUUGCUCGGCAGCACAAUAUAUCAGUGGAUACGCUGUCGUGGGAGUUUACAGUGUCCACUGUGGAUGACAGCAGCCUGGUCUCCCCGCCCAAGGAUGGAGUAUUUGUCCGGGGUUUGUACCUGGAGGGGGCCGGUUGGGACAAGAAGAACUCGUGUCUGGUAGAAGCAGAACCCAUGCAGAUGGUCUGUCCCAUCCCGACCAUACACUUCAAACCUGUCGAGAACCCCAAGAAGAUGUCCAAGAGUAUUUACCUGUGUCCAUGUUUCUACACGCCGGUCCGAUCAGGCAGGACGGUGCUCAGUGUGGAGCUUAAAGCUGGAGCCGUGACCCCGGACCACUGGGUGAAAAGAGGAACAGCUCUACUCAUGAGCCUGGACACAGAAUAAAUUAUUUUUACAAGAUCAA